UUAUUUGGCUUCUGGGGUUGGAAGACUCCGCCCCCCUUCCUGAGAUCCAGCCCUAAACAGAGUUCGCACUGUGGAAUGACAGGCAUUCCUCCUUGAAAGGAGCUGGCAUGGGAGCUUAUUUAUGAGAAUCGCGAAGUGUCUGGCCCAGGGGUACAGGAAAUACAGGAGGGGUUUGUGCUUCGACCUACAUCCCUGGCCGUUUCCUGAGUUCUGGCUGUUGUUGUUCUGCUCCCCGGACUCCAGACAAUUCCGUCGCUCUCACCCUGUGGAGUUAGCUUGUCAUCUUCUGAAGGCUAAUGUCUGCUUCCAGAAUAGACUCUCUUUUCUUUCUCUUCCUUCCCUGAGCUACCUCGAAGACUCUCAUAAUGGGGCAGACGCGCCACUCAAGACCGGUAAAUCCAGCUCCCUCAGCUGAGGAGGUAGAUCAGCCAUCACAAGAUGCUGGAAUGGGGGCUGACGUUCUGGAAUCUGGUGAGACGACACCUCCUUCCAAGAGAAAAAGCAAGUUUGCAGGUUUUGGCAAGAUCUUUAAACCUUGGAAGUGGAGGAAAAAGAAAAGCAGUGGAAAGUUUAAGGAGACUUCAGAAGUUUUAGAACGAAAGAUUUCAAUGCGAAAGCCAAGAGAGGAGCUCAUUAAAAGAGGGGUUCUGUUGGAAGACCUUGAACAGGAUGAGGAGGAGCCAGACAAACUCAGCCAUGAUGCCUUGAAAAAUGGACACACUAUCCCCAUUGAUAGUUCUGGGAUUGUCAGCCUUGCACACCUGGAGGAAGAGACUGGAAAAAGAGCAAGCCUUAAGAAGCCUGUUCCAUUAGAGGAGCUGAAGAAAUCACAAGGAACCUUGGAUGGCCAUCCCAAUUCAGAAGUGGAGCAUCACUAUCAUCAUGAUUCUCAUGCUCCUAAACAGCCUCUGCUUCCUCCGAAACGACCUUUGUCAUCCUCCUCUCAGGAACCGAGCAACGUGCAUGCGAGGGAUCUUGGCCCUCCCAGCAGCACUGCAAGGACUAUGCCUUCCUCCACAGUUGCAGCUACCACCAGCACAGCAAAAGGGGUCAAUUUUUCCACUGCUCCCUCCCCAGCCCCUAGGACUGUGCCCUCUGCUUUCACAAAUGCUCGCACUACUGCUGCUACGAAUUCUAGCACGGCAGCACCAGCCAAGCAACCCCCUGUUCCACCUCCCAAGCCAAUGAAUAGGAAUAGCAACCCCUUAAUAACUGAAUUGACUCAAGCGAUCAGUAGUGGCACAGCUUUGUCUAAGCCUUCUCCGCCUUUGCCUCCCAAGAGAGGCAUCCCAUUAAACUUGCCUUCAUCCCUUGAAUCGGCUGCUGCUCCCAAGUCGCCUAAUGACAGGUCGUCCUACCCUUCCUCGAUACCAGCGCACAUGCUGCCACCUCACCCGCCGCCUUCUCCUUCGCCACCUCUGCCUUCGCACAUUCCUCCAGAACCCGCCCAUGUCCCUUCGCCUUCCUCAACCCCUGGGACAGAGCCCCCCCUUCCCUCCGAACUGCGGGCGGAAACCCCGCAAGAAGGGCUCUCCGUGCUGGAUGCAGGCAAGAGGAUGGCCGAGCAGGGCUUUGGAGAGCCUCGGAUGCCUUUGCGGCUGCCCCCGCUCCCGCUCCACAUCCGCAUCCAGCAGGCGCUGACGAGCCCCCUGCCAUCAACGCCGCCAGCCGAAGGCUCACACAGGGCACACUCGCUGCUCUUUGAGAAUGAAGGCUCCUAUGACGACAACGGGACCCUGGGCAGAACAAAGUCACUGCCGGUUACUAUUGAGAUGCUGAAAGUUCCAGACGAUGAUGAAGAGGAGGAAGGUGUCCAAGAGGAUGUGCAUCAUUCCAAUUCCCAUGUUUACAUUGGAGAGUCUCCCACUGUUACGGUCAUUCCCAGGCUCAGCCUCCAGACAGUACAGGAUGAAGAGGAGGGUCCAAGCGACUCAGACUCCGAGGGACCUAUUCUGUACAAGGAGGAGGAGGAAGAGGAUGAAGAAGAUGACAGCCAUAACACUGCACUAGCCAACAAAGUCAAGAGGAAAGAUACCCUAGCCAUGAAACUGGGCAACAUGGCUCCCAGGCAGGAGCUACCAGAAGAGAACACCACGUUUCCUCGGAAGAGCAAGGAAGAGUGGCAGGAAAUCCGCCAGCAGAUUGGGACGACACUGAUCAGGCGAUUAAGUCAGAGACCAACAGCAGAGGAAUUGGAGCAAAGGAAUAUACUUCAACAAAAAAAUGAGGCUGACCGGCAAGCUGAAAAAAGGGAAAUAAAGCGCAGGCUCACCAGAAAGCUUAGUCAAAGGCCUACUGUGGCUGAACUGCAGGCAAGGAAGAUCCUGAGGUUUAAUGAAUAUGUGGAGGUAACAGAUGCCCAGGACUACGACAGGAGAGCAGACAAGCCAUGGACCAAGUUAACCCCUGCUGACAAGGCUGCUAUCCGAAAGGAGCUGAACGAGUUCAAGAGCUCUGAAAUGGAAGUCCACGAAGAGAGCAAGCAGUUCACACGGUUUCAUCGGCCAUGAAUCUUUUAGAAAACCCGCUCCCCAACACUGAUAGAUGUGCCAGAGAAGAUUGCUGAUGACUUGUGGCAUUUGCUGGUUGCCCUCUCCUGAGCUGAAGAGGAACCUUUGAGGCUUGUCUAAGAUUUGCCUUCAGAUCAUAUCCAGGAAAUGACCUCCUUCAGGGAAACAAGAGAGGGGUGGGGAGAGCCUUGUCCAAAAGUCGCAUUUCAUUGGAAGGAGUUUCUGUCAAGUGCCAUCAAAUCACAACAGCGGGGGGGG